AUGGCAAAAGCGCCAAUUACAACAUUUACGAUCGAGCCCUUCGAUACAGCGUUGGGACUAUUUUCUCGGUGGCUUAUGCGCCUGGAAGGCGCGUUCAAGAUCUUCAGCAUCACCGAGGAGGCGCGGGUGCCGUAUCUACUACAUUAUGUGGGGGCAGUUGCAUUCAAUAUACUAUCUGAUCGACUCAGUCCGCAAAACCCACAGGAUACUGGCUACGACGAACUUACAAGGAUCCUCAAGGAAUUCUAUGACCCCGUUACCCUCGAAAUCGCUGAAGUAUACAAAUUACAUCAGCGUAAACAAGAGGAGGGAGAGACCGCGCAGGAAUAUUCCGCAGCCUUGCAUAGGAUCGCUCUUAAGUGCAAUUUCGGCACUUUCAUUAAAACUGCCAUUCGGAACGUCUUCGUGUGUGGCCUGAGAAAUAGAAAGGCCCAAGGACGACUCCUGGAAAUGAGGGAUCUGUCGCUGCAUCCGGCCGUCCAGACAGCAGCUACGAUCGAGCUUUCCGAGAGGGGGACCAAGAAUUUGCAAGGAGAAGUAGGUGUGGCCCAGGUGCAGACGACCCAGAAGCCGGGAGGCAACGACGGCAGUGGGCGAGCUAAAGCUAAGUCUAAGAAAAAUGUAAAGUCGCGUGUAAAUAAUUCGUCAAAUAUUACAUGUUAUCGUUGCGGUAAGAACUAUCUUGCGUCGCGUUGUACUUUAGAUAGGUCGGUUAAGUGUUUUUCAUGCGGUAAGACCGGUCACCUUCGAAAGGUGUGUCGUUCGGAUAAACAGAGUUCGAACUGUGUUGACGUGUUAGCAGUCGAAUACGUACAGUAUCGGGACAAGUUACUUACGUCGUUAAUCGUUAACGAAAAACGCGUGCGUUUUGAAAUAGAUAGCGGCGCGGCAGUUUCUUCGAUUUCGCAGUGUCUCGCGAAGAGGUUGUUCCCAAAGGAAAAGUUACACAAGACCGUAUUACAUUUAAUUUCGUAUUGUAAGAAACCUAUCGAUCUGCUUGGAUAUUUGGUUGUACGGGUGAAAUGCAGGGGGAAGACUCGCGAAUUGAAUUUGUACGUUACGACGGGAGAUCGUGAACCAUUGCUUGGCAGAGAGUGGAUCCUGCAAUUGAAAGACCAUGGAGACAUGCAUCAAUUGCUUGGACGUUUACAAUCAAUUCACGUAAUAGAAGACCCGUCGUUGCAAACUAGACUUGUAUUGAAAGAUAACGCAAAACCAGUGUUCGUAAAAGCAUGGCAAAUUCCUUUUCGUCUGCGCGCAUUAGUUGAGCAGGAAUUAGAUCGCUUAGAAUCAGAGGGCAUUCUAGAAAAAGUUGACUCGUCAGAAUGGGCAACCCCCAUUGUUCCGGUUUUAAAAAAGAACGGUCAGGCUUACUUGCAAUUGGAGGUCCGACCGGAGGACCAAACCUUUUUGACCUUGAGUACUCAUAAAGGGUUAUACAGAGCUACGCGUUUAAUGUACGGUGUCGCGUCAGCACCUGCAAUAUGGCAGCGCACCAUUGAGAAUAUUCUGAAGGAUAUCCCCGGCGUAGUGGUUUUUCUUGAUGACAUUCGAGUAGCAGGUACAAAUCGGCAAGAUCAUUUAAAUAAAUUGCGUUUAGUUUUUAGCCGAUUACAGAAGUACAAUAUUCGAGUUAAUAUGGAGAAGAGCGAAUUUUUCAUGUCGCAAAUCCAGUAUUGCGGUUACGUGAUAGAUAAAGACGGUUUACAUAAAGCUCCUGAAAAGAUGGAAGCGAUCCAUAAUAUGAAGCGACCUACCAACGUUACGGAGUGGACAUCUCAAUGUGAGAAGAGUUUCAAGGACGCGAAGAAAGCUUUUAUUAGUCCAAAAUGUUUAGUUCAUUUCGAUCCGCGUUUACCAGUUACGCUUGCUACGGACGCGAGUUCGUAUGGGGUAAGAGCGGUGCUUUCGCACAUCUAUCCCGAUGGUUCUGAAAGAGCCAUACAAUAUGCUUCGCAAACUUUAUCUUCCGCUCAAAGAAAUUAUUCUCAGAUUGACAAGGAAGCUUACGCGAUCAUUUACGGUGUUAAGAAAUUUCACCAGUAUUUGCAAGGCUCUAAAUUCACAUUAAUUACAGACCAUCGUCCACUUACACAAAUUUUUUCUCCAACGAAGAGUUUGCCUAUCUACACGGCAUUACGAAUGCAACACUACUCGUUAUUUCUACAGGGUUUUAAUUAUGAUAUUAAGUACAGGAAGUCAGAACUUCAUUCGAAUGCAGAUUGUUUAUCCCGGUUACCUAUUCCACGCAAUUCAGAUGUACAAGACCCGGUGGAUGUUUUUCAAUUAAGUACGUUUGAUACGUUGCCAAUAACGGCACAGGAAGUAGCUACCGCUACGGCGACAGACAAAGAGUUGUCUAAACUAUUACAAAUUCUUAAAUCGGAUAGUACGCCUUUUUCCUUCGAGGAGGGGAGGAGAGUUAGUUGUCAUAAUUACGCGGGUAACGACAAGUGGUUAUUUGGCACUGUGACACGGCGAUUAGGUACGUUACAUUAUGAGGUACAAUUAGAUGACGGGCGCACAUGGAAGCGCCAUGUAAAUCAAAUGCGAUUGAUUGGUACUCCUACACCGAUAAAAUUCAACGAUUACGGCCUCCGAAAGGCCGGUUACUCCUAUUACAAAUACGGCCUCGUUAAGGCAAGAUUCUUCGAGUUCUUCUUUUGCGUCCCCGUCUGGGACAUUAGUGACUUCGACGCCGUUACAGUCGCCAGAGGACUCGGAGACUUCAAUUUUCGUGACUCCGAAAACUUCGAGACCUGUACGUACCAGGAAACUGCCGUUGCAUCUCAAAGAUUAUGUGGUCUUUAA